AUGGAAGUGAAGGAACGCAGACCGUACCGCUCUCUGACGGCACGGCGGGACACAGAGCGCCGCUACACCAGCUCUUCAGCCGACAGUGAGGAUGGCAAGCUCAAGCCCAAAUCCUACAGCUCCAGCGAAACCCUCAAAGCCUUUGAGCAGGACACCCGAGUGGCCUACGGCACACGCGUCAAAGAUGUAGUGCACCAUGAAGUGGACGAGUUCAGCAGGCAAGGAGGAGAAUUUUCCCUGCGAGACCUGGGCUUUGGUGAGCACAUGGCUCCUCGCAUGGUGGCGUACCGCUCAGACAUGGCAAUGCCACACCGUGACUACUCUCUCAGCGUAGGCUCAGACGCAGACACCGAGACAGACGGGAUUGUGUCCCCAGAGCACGCCGUCCGACUGUGGGGACGAGGAAACACCAAGUCAGGCCGCAGCUCAUGUCUGUCCAGCAGAGCUAACUCCAACCUCACCCUGACGGACACGGAGCACGAAAACACGGAGAACGGUCCUCCUCUGCAUUGCUCCUCUGGCUCCUCCUCCCCCGUCGCCUCCCCCUACCCGCCCCCUGCCCACGCAGCCAGUGAGAGCCAGGGAAGGUUGCUAGGUAACAGCGGGCCUCGGGCCGACCCCGACUCUGAGUCGGAGGAUGAGUUUGGCCCUGCUUCUUCGUUCUUAGUUAAGACCGGCUCAGGGAACGUGAGCGUGUGCGCCCCUGGCUCUGCGGCCGCUGACGAGGGCUCUUACCAGAAUCACUCGCGCCUGAGGACUCCUCCACUCCCCCUGUCCCACUCUCACUCUCCCAGUCAGCACCAUGGCACAUCUGUGGGCUCGCUGAGCCGGAGUAACUACACGCCGCGCAGCAACGUCAGUCCAGCACCCACCGACAGCACAGCGGCCCCCGAGGGACCCUCCAGCACCCAAGACUCUGGAAGUACACAGGACAACUGGCUCCUCAACAGCAACAUUCCCCUGGAGACCAGAAACAUAGCAAAGCAGACAGUCGUAGAGAGUUUACAGGACAACCUUAUAGAGAUGGACAUACUGGCUACGGCUCGCCGCGACAAUGCUUACAGUGACGGACAUUUUCUGUUCAAGCCUGGUGGGAGCUCACCACUGUACUGCACAACGUCGCCCGCUUACCCUCUGACCUCCAGCACAGUGUACUCGCCCCCGCCACGACCCUUACCUCGCAACACAUUCACCCGACCCGCCUUCAGCCUCAAGAAGCCCUACAAGCACUGCAACUGGAAAUGUGCCGCCCUCAGCGCCAUCCUCAUCUCCAUCACACUGGUGUUCCUGCUGGCGUACUUCAUUGCCAUGCACCUGCUUGGUUUGAACUGGCACUUACAGCCCAUGCAAGGGCAGUUAUACCGGCUGGCAGAAGACAACACCAGCAGCCUGUCCAUACCUACAGAUCUGGGCCUCCCUCCCCUCGGCAAUACAGGGCUGGAGCUCCCAGACCGCAGGGGUAGAGAAGACGGAAAAAUGGACGGCUUGUUCCCAGAUGACAGCUUCAUAGACAUGGGCGAGAUAGACGUGGGGCGUAAGGUCACACAGCAGAUACCGCCCGGGAUCUUCUGGAGGUCUCAGGUCUUUAUCGACCAUCCCAUGUACCUCAAGUUCAAUGUGUCCCUUAGUAAAGAUGCCUUGGUAGGGAUCUAUGGAAGAAGAGGCCUUCCUCCUACACACACACAGUUCGACUUUGUGGAGCUUUUGGAUGGACGGCGGCUCCUGGCUCAGGGGGUUCAGAGCCUGGACGGACCGCUGGCUUUGACUCAGUCACGAAGCCUGGUGCCCCUUGGUAGCCAUGACACCGGUUUCAUCCAGUACAUGGACUCGGGCAUCUGGCACCUGGCUGUGUAUAAUGAUGGAAAGGAAACAGAGAAGGUGUCUUUCCUUACCACGGCUAUAGACUCAAUAGAUGACUGUCCCAGUAACUGUUUCGGUAAUGGAGACUGCAUCGCUGGAACCUGCCACUGUUUUCUGGGCUUCAGAGGACCAGACUGCAGCAGGGCCUCCUGUCCAGUUCUUUGCAGUGGAAAUGGUCAGUACCUGAAAGGCCGCUGCAUGUGCCACAGUGGUUGGAAAGGGCCGGAGUGUGAUGUUCCCACCAGCCAGUGCAUCGACGUGACCUGCAGUGGACAUGGGACAUGCAUAGUUGGGACCUGCAUUUGCAAUCCAGGCUACAAAGGAGAGAACUGUGAGGAAUUGGAUUGCCUGGACCCCACAUGCUCAGGCCGUGGUGUGUGUGUGCGCGGCGAGUGCCACUGCUUUGUGGGUUGGGGAGGCUCUGGGUGUGAGAGUCCACGGGCAUCCUGCAUGGACCAGUGCUCAGGUCAUGGAGCCUUCCUGGCAGAGACGGGCACCUGCAACUGUGACCCUAACUGGACCGGGCACGACUGCUCAACAGAGCUUUGUGCGUCGGACUGUGGCGGCCAUGGCAUCUGCGUAGCGGGCGGCUGCCGCUGUGAGGAGGGUUGGACGGGUGUCGUUUGCGAUCAGAGGGCAUGCCACCCGCGCUGCAGCGAACACGGCACCUGCAAGGAUGGCAAGUGUGAAUGCAGCCCAGGCUGGAACGGAGAACACUGCACUAUCGAGGGUUGCCCGGGUCUGUGUAACGGCAACGGCAGGUGCACACUGGGUAAUAACGGCUGGUAUUGCGUGUGCCAGCUGGGCUGGAGAGGAACAGGCUGUGACACCUCCAUGGAGACGUCCUGCAGUGACGCCAAAGACAAUGACGGAGACGGCCUGCUAGACUGCAUGGACCCUGAUUGCUGUGUGCAAACGUCGUGUCACAUCACAUCUCUGUGUGUGGGUUCUCCUGAUCCUUUGGACAUCAUCCAGGAGACACAGAUGUCCUCUGGACCAAGCAACCUGCACUCCUUCUACCAGCGUGUGCACUUCCUGGUGGGCCGAGACAGCACACAUGUCAUUCCUGGGCCCAACCCCUUCGAGUCUAGUCACGCGUGCGUCAUACGAGGGCAAGUGGUGACGUCCGAUGGAACGCCACUGGUGGGAGUGAACAUCAGCUUCAUCAACAACCCUGCCUACGGUUACACCAUCACCAGGCAGGAUGGCAGUUUUGACCUGCUCUCCAGCGGGGGCGUGGCUGUAGCACUACGCUUCGAGCGCGCUCCGUUCAUCAUGCAGGAGCACACGCUGUGGUUGCCGUGGUCACGCUUCUUUGUCAUGGACACCGUGGUCAUGCGGCAUGAAGUGAACGACAUCCCCAGCUGUGAUCUCAGCAGUUUCGCACGCCCGAGUCCCAUAGUACUGCCCGCUCCUCUCACUGCCUUCGCCUCGGCCUGUCAGGACAGAGGCAUCGUAGUGCCCGAGAUCCAGGCUCUUCAAGAGGAAGUGCGUGUUCCCGGGACAAAGUUGCGCCUGGGAUAUCUGAGCAGCCGUACAGCAGGUUAUAAGUCUGUCCUAAGGGUCACACUGACCCACGCAGUUAUCCCUUUCAGCCUGAUGAAGGUGCAUCUCAUGGUCGCCGUGGAGGGCCGCCUUUUCAGGAAGUGGUUCUCGGCAGCGCCGAGCCUCUCGUAUGAUUUUGUUUGGGACAAAACUGAUGUCUACAGUCAGAAGGUGUACGGCCUGUCCGAGGCUUUUGUGUCUGUGGGCUUUGAGUACGAGUCGUGUCCUGAUAUGAUCCUAUGGGAGAAGAGGACAGCAAUCUUGCAAGGCUACGAGAGCACAGCAUCCAACCUGGGGGGCUGGAGCAUAGACAAACACCACGCGCUCAACAUUCAAAGCGGCAUCCUGCACAAAGGCAAUGGAGAGAAUGUAUUCAUUUCCCAGCAGCCCCCGGUCAUCGGGAGCAUCAUGGGUAACGGACGGCGGCGCAGCAUCUCCUGUCCCAGCUGUAAUGGUCUGGCUGAUGGAAAUAAGCUUCUAGCUCCAGUAGCUUUGGCUUGCGGGUCAGACGGCAGUUUAUUUGUGGGUGACUUCAACUAUGUUCGUCGAAUCUUCACCACUGGGAAUGUCACCAGCGUUCUGGAGCUUAGUAACAGUCCAGCCCACAAGUACUACCUGGCCACAAGUCCGGUGUCAGGAACUCUGUACCUGUCAGACACCAGCAGUAGGAAGGUGUUCAAGGUGAAAUCUCUGAACAUGGUGAAGGAUGUGGCUAAGAACCUAGAAUUGGUGGCGGGGACGGGGGACCAGUGUCUCCCCUACGAUGAGACACGUUGUGGAGAUGGAGGCAAGGCUGUGGAGGCGACUCUCACUAACCCCAGAGGCAUUACUGUGGACAAAUAUGGCACCAUCUUCUUCGUGGACGGCACCAUGAUCCGCCGAAUAGAUCAGAAUGGAAUCAUCUCCACGCUGCUGGGCUUCAACGACCUGACCUCAGCACGACCCUUGAGCUGUGACUCUGUGAUGGACAUCUCGCAGGUACGUCUGGAAUGGCCCACUGACCUUGCUGUGAGUCCAAUGGACAACUCACUCUAUGUAUUAGAUAACAACGUGGUGCUGCAGAUCUCGGAGAACCACCAGGUUAGGAUCGUAGCAGGCCGGCCCAUGCACUGCCAGGUGCCCGGCCUUGACCACUUCCUGGUGAGCAAAGUCGCCAUCCAUGCCACAUUGGAAUCUGCUAAUGCAUUGGCCGUGUCCCACAAUGGCAUCCUCUACAUCUCAGAAUCUGAUGACAAGAAAAUAAAUAGAGUGAGACAAGUUUCCACCAAUGGUGAGAUCUCUCUGGUCGCUGGUGCCCCAAGCGGCUGUGACUGUAAGAAUGACCCCAACUGUGACUGUUACUCAGGAGAUGAUGGCUACGCUAAACAUGCAAAGCUCAACUCACCAUCAUCACUGGCAGUUUCCCCUGAUGGAGAGCUUUUCAUCGCUGAUCUGGGCAAUAUCCGAAUCCGUUAUGUACGGCAGAACAAACCUUACCUCAAUCCACUGAACAUGUAUGAGGUCUCCUCACCCAUGGAUGAUGAACUCUACUUGUUUGACACCAAUGGUAGUCACAUCUACACCCAGAGCCUAACCACAGGUGACUACCUGUACAACCUGACUUAUUCAGGAGCAGGACACCUGAGCACCAUCACAGAUAAGAACAAGAACAAGUUGACCAUUCGCAGGGACACGACAGGACUGCCUCUCUGGCUCAUGACCCCAGACGGCCAAACAUUUUGGUUCACCAUUGGGACUAAUAAUGCCCUCAAGAGCAUUGGUGCCCAGGGCCACGAGUUAGCCAUGAUGACCUACCAUGGGAACUCAGGUCUGCUGGCCACAAAGAGCAAUGAAGAUGGGUGGACUACAUUCUAUGAGUACGACAGUUACGGGCGGCUGACGAAUGUGACCUACCCUACAGGCAGGGUGAGCAGCUACCGCACUGAUUCUGAUGGUGCCGUGCGAGUGCAGGCUGAAGGCUCCAACAAAGAGGACAUCAUCGUCACAACCAACCUCUCAGCCUCGGGAACAUUUUAUACACUCAUGCAAGAUCAAGUCAAGAACAGUUAUUACAUUGGACUGGAUGGCUCGCUACGACUGGUUUUGGCUAAUGGCAUGGAAGUAUCGUUGAACACAGAACGACAUCUGCUCUCGGGUACUGUGAACCCAACCGUCAGCAGGAGGAACGUUACCCUUCCUAUAGAUAAUGGCCUCAACUUAGUGGAGUGGAGACAACGGAAAGAGCAAGCACGGGGACAAGUCACAGUUUAUGGACGCAGGCUGAGGGUUCACAACAGAAAUCUGUUGUCCAUGGAUUUUGAUCGCAUCACUCGAACAGAGAAAGUGUAUGAUGACCACAGGAAGUUUACUCUUAGGAUCCAUUAUGACCAUGCUGGCAGACCAACCCUGUGGGCACCAAGCAACCGACUGAACGGGGUCAAUGUUACUUACUCCCCUGGCGGGCAUGUGGCUGGCAUUCAAAGAGGCACCAUGUCUAUCCGAAUGGAAUAUGACCAGAAUGGAAGAAUCAUUUCACAGAUAUUUGCAGAUGGCAAAUCAUGGAGCUAUACUUACCUUGAGAAGUCCAUGGUGCUAUUGCUGUACAGCCAACGACAGUACAUCUUCGAGUUUGACAAAAAUGAUCGUCUGUCAUCUGUCACCAUGCCCAACGUGGCCCGGCAUACGCUAGAGACCACCCGUUCAAUUGGUUACUAUAGAAACACAUACAGGCCCCCUGAGGGCAAUGCCACUGUGCUGCAUGAUUACAGUGAAGAUGGUCUGCUUUUGCAAACCAUUCACCAAGGCACAGGACGCAGGGUCAUCUAUAAAUAUGGCAAGCUCUCCCGUCUGCUUGAGAUUCUGUAUGAUACUACACGUGUUGCCUUCUCAUAUGAUGAGGCAGCAGGCAUGCUAAAGACAGUGAGCCUACAAAGCGAGGGAUUCACCUGCACCAUUCGUAACCGGCAGAUCGGCCCACUGAUUGACAGACAGAUCUUUCGUUUCAGUGAAGAAGGUAUGGUCAAUGCCCGAUUUGACUACAACUAUGACAACAGCUUCCGGGUCACAAGCAUGCAGGCUGUCAUCAAUGAAACACCACUGCCUAUUGACCUGUACCGCUAUGAUGAUGUAUCGGGUAAAACAGAGCAGUUUGGCAAGUUUGGGGUCAUAUAUUAUGACAUCAAUCAGAUUAUUACCACUGCUGUAAUGACCCACACAAAACACUUUGAUGCCUAUGGACGAGUAAAAGAGGUGCAGUAUGAGAUCUUCCGUUCACUGAUGUACUGGAUGAUGGUGCAGUAUGAUAACAUGGGCCGUGUGGUAGCUAAGGAGCUAAAAGUAGGCCCUUAUGCCAACACCACACGGUACACAUAUGAAUAUGAUGCUGAUGGCCAAAUCCAAGUGGUGUCCAUAAAUGACAAACCUUUGUGGCGCUACAGUUAUGACCUGAAUGGCAACCUGCACCUUCUGAGUCCAGGAAACAGUGCCCGCCUUACACCGCUACGCUAUGAUGUAAGGGACCGCAUCACACGACUGGGAGAUGUCCAGUACAGGUUGGAUGAAGAUGGGUAUCUAAAGCAAAGGGGCAAUGACUUCUUCGACUACAACUCUGCUGGCUUGUUAAUAAGAGCUUACAGCAAGGUUGGCGGAUGGAGCAUAAAGUAUCGUUAUGAUGGUCUGGGCCGCAGAAUGUCUAGCAGGAGCAGUCAAGGACACCAUCUGCAGUUCUUCUACUCUGAUCUAUCCAGCCCCACCAGAGUCACGCACAUGUAUAAUCACUCCAGCUCAGAGAUUACAUCACUCUACUAUGAUCUGCAGGGACACCUCUUUGCCAUGGAGCUAAGCAGCGGUGAUGAGUUCUAUGUCGCCUGCGACAACAUUGGCACUCCACUGGCUGUAUUCAGUGGUUCAGGCCUUAUGAUCAAGCAGAUCCUCUACACAGCGUUUGGAGAGGUCUACCUCGAUUCAAACCCCAGCUUUCAGCUCAUAGUAGGAUACCAGGGUGGCUUGUAUGAACCCCUCACAAAGCUGGUACACAUGGGUCGCCGGGAUUACGAUGUCCUAGCCGGUCGCUGGACCACACCUGACCAUGACAUCUGGAAGCAACUGAACAGCAACAACAUAGUGCCCUUCAGCCUGUACAUGUUCAAGAACAACAACCCUCUGAGCAACACACAAGAGACUAGGUGCUACAUGACAGAUGUGAAUAGCUGGUUAGUGACUUUUGGCUUCCAGCUGUACAAUGUCAUCCCUGGCUAUCACAAACCUGUCACUGAUGCCAUGGAACCAUCUUAUGAGCUCAUUCAUACUCAGAUGAAGACACAGGAGUGGGACAGCACUAAGUCUGUACUUGGAGUGCAGUGUGAGGUUCAGAGACAACUUAAGUCCUUUGUCAAGUUGGAGCGUUUUGACCAGAUCUAUCGAGCAAGUGGUGCUGGUUGUCCAGAAUCCCCUUUCAGCACGUUCUUCGCCUCAGGAGCUUCGAUCUUCGGCAAGGGUGUGAAGUUAGCCAUCCGAGAGGGUCAAGUUAGUGCCGACAUCAUCAGCCUGGCCAGUGAGGAUGGCAGACGGCUUGCUGCUGUUCUGGACCAGUCCAUCUACCUUCAAGACCUUCAUUUUACAAUUGAUGGCAUGGACAUGCACUAUUUUGUGAAAACAUCUCCAGCAGAGGGCAACUUGGCACUGCUGGGUAUGACAGUGGGACGGCGAAUGCUGGAGACAGGAACUAAUGUGACAGUGCAGCAGGUGAACACUGUGCUGGGUGGCCGAGCUCGGCGUAUUACCGAUGUGCUGCUGCAGCACGGUGCUCUGAGCCUGAAUGUGCGCUAUGGCAGCAGUCUGGAUGAAGAAAAGGCUCGGGUGCUGGAGAUGACUCGCCAGAGAGUUGUGGCAGCCGCCUGGCACCGCGAGCGACACCGACUGCGCCAGGGAGAAGACGGAUCACGCGCCUGGACGGACACUGAGCGGCAGCAGCUGUUCAGCUCGGGCCGUGUGCAAGGUUACGAUGGCUACUACGUGGUACCUGUGGACCAGUUCCCUGAGCUGGCCGACAGCACCAGCAACAUUCACUUUCUGCGCCAGAGCGAGAUGGGCCGCAGGUGACACAAACACAAGGGAAGCCACGCUCGGGCUCAGCAUCCAGGACUUCUUGCCAAAGACAUGUUGCUUGUGUGACCACUUUGUUAAAUCGUUUUUUUUUUUUU